GUAACACACUGGUUCUAAUUGUCACAUCCAGAAGUGCCCGGAUGAAGACCAGAACCAAUUUCUUCCUGGCAAACUUAGCCGUGGCCGAUCUAUGUGUGGGCGUUCUGUGUAUCCUCCCCAACUUACAGACCUAUUUGUACUUCCGCUGGCUUCUGGGAACG